AUGAAGUCGGGCAAAAACAAUAUUAAUAAUAAUGACGAGAGUAUAAGAAUGAUAACAACAAUGAUUACAACGAUGACGGCCAUGGCGAAAAAUGAUGAGGCUAAUGAUGAAGACGACAAAUUUAUAAUUUCAUACUCACCACACCAAUCACCCACCUCAACUUUUAGUGAAAAGCCCCCUCGCCCCGUCAAGGCAGCUGUUUUCGAGGGGGUGGUGUGGUGGGCAAUGGCGGUACCCCAACGCCAUUGCCCUCCACACCGCCAUUUAAUAGUUUGCUGUAUAACAAUCUACGAGGCAGACGAGACUCCGCCAUACGAAAAACACACGACUUAUCUAUUGAAAAAAAUUGAAUCAAAAACAUCGAUCUAUUUUCAUAUCACAACUAAAAUGGGAUCGAAGGUUGAAUUGUUGCCAAGAAAACUUUCGGCUCGCUACGUGAAGUAA